AUUUUGUUCUCUGAUCGAAUCUCCUAUUACAAGCGAAGCAGCCUAUUCUCUCACUCGAUCGGAAGCUAUGGUGGUGAAGGUGAAUAAGGCUGAGAAGAAGAUAGCUUAUGACUCCAAGAUCUGCAAGCUACUGGAUACGUACUCCCAGAUACUCGUCGUCUCCGUCGACAAUGUCGGCUCCAAGCAGAUCCAGGACAUACGCGCCGGCCUCCGUGGCGAUUCGAUCAUUCUCAUGGGUAAGAACACCCUGAUGAAGCGCUCCAUCCGCGUUCACGCCGAGAAGACCGGCAACUCUGCCAUUCUCGCCCUCGUUCCUCAUCUCGUCAACAAUGUGGGGUUGAUCUUCACUAAAGGAGAUCUGAAAGAAGUGAGCGAUGAAGUUUCCAAAUACAAGGUUGGGGCACCGGCAAGGGUAGGUCUGGUUGCUCCGUGUGAUGUGGUUGUUCCACCGGGAAGCACUGGACUUGAUCCUUCCAAUACCAGUUUCUUUCAGGUGUUGAACAUCGCCACAAAGAUCAACAAAGGUACGGUGGAAAUCAUAACCCCAGUGGAUCUAAUCAAGAAGGGGGAUAAAGUGGGGUCAUCUGAGUCAGCUCUUCUCUCAAAGCUGGGCAUCAAGCCGUUCUCUUACGGACUUGUAGUGGAGCAUGUGUAUGACAAUGGGUCUGUGUUCAGCCCGGCGGUUCUGGAGUUGACCGAAGAUGAUCUCGUCCAGCGGUUUGCUGCCGGGUUGACCAAUGUCAUCUCCGUCUCUCUUGCUCUUUCCUACCCAACUCUUGCCGCUCUCCCUCACGUUCUCAUCAAUGCCUACAAGAAUGUCCUUUCCGUCGCUGUUGCCACUGACUACUCUUUCCCAGAAGCUGACAAGAUCAAAGAGUACCUAAAGGAUCCAAGCAAAUUUGCUGCUGCGG